GUUGUAGCAGCUGCCAUGUUGAGCUGCUUUGUUGUAGAUUUCUUGUAGCUUUUCCAGCAGAUUUUUUUUUAUUUAUUUUUUUUUUAAAGUGUGGCAAUGGAGCCGAGCUGGAGUACCUUCUUGUUUCAGCAGGCCAAUGAUGCCCUGCACCACCAGCACCAGGUGGGCCCGAACAGCCUGUUGCCACUGCUGAACGCCGGCACCGAGCCACAGGACCAGAAGCCCAUCAUGCCCAUCCCGCUUGAUCAGAAGCCCCCAGUGAGCUCCGCUGACCUGCUCAAGGACAGCAUGGGCAGUGGGACGGGCGCUGCUGGAGGAGGAGGGGGCCAUGGUGGUGGAGGCGGGGGUAUUGGCGCACCAAUGCCCAUAGUGAAGAAAGAACCCAAAAGCAAAACACCGUUUAUCUGUGGCUACUGCAACAAGGCCUUCCGAGACAGCUACCAUUUGCGGCGGCAUGAGUCAUGUCACACUGGGAUCAAGAUGGUGUCACGACCUAAAAAGACAGCACAGACGACGGCACCCACCAUGGUGCCCCUGCUCUCGAGUAUGACACGAGAAAACAACACUAACCCCUCGUACAUCCUCACUACUGCCGCGACGUCAGCCUCGGGCGCCAUGGUGCCGACUUCUACAGUUGCCGUGUGCCAGCCGGCUGCACCCAAAAAGCCAGCCAAGCCUGUCAAGAAGAACCACGGGUGCGAGAUGUGUGGCAAGGCCUUCCGUGAUGUUUACCACCUGAACAGGCACAAGUUAUCCCACUCGGACGAGAAGCCGUUCGAGUGUCCGAUCUGUCAGCAACGAUUCAAGAGGAAAGACCGCAUGACCUACCACGUUCGCUCACACGAUGGCGGCGUGCACAAGCCCUACGUCUGCUCCGUCUGUGGGAAGGGCUUCUCCAGGCCUGAUCAUCUCAGCUGCCAUGUCAAGCAUGUGCAUUCUUCAGAGAGACCAUUUAAAUGCCAAGUAACGGCCUGCACAUCAGCCUUCGCCACCAAAGACAGACUGCGCUCUCACAUGAUCCGGCACGAGGGCAAGGUCACUUGCAACAUCUGCGGCAAGAUGCUGAGCGCCGCCUACAUCACCAGCCACUUAAAGACGCACGGCCAGACCAACUUCAACAACUCCUGCAACAAAGGGGACUGGCAGUGGAACUCCUCAGGGCUGCAAAAAGACAAUACCGAGGUGUGCCACUCGGGCACACCGACGCCCGUCACGAUCUCUGCGCCCGCCACUACGCCGAUGAGCCGCGCCAACGCCAGCACGGCCGUGACCAUCGGCGCCCAGAUGAACCUGAGCACGACGGUAAACACGGUGAACAUCGCGUCAGCACCGGUGAGCCUGCAGCACCCGGUCACAAUCACGGGCCCGGUUAACAUCGCUUCCGUGAACAUCCCAGCCACGGCAUCGCCCAUGAACAUCGCCCACCCGGUCGCCAUCACCACACCCAUGCCCAUGAACAUCGGCGCGCCGCUCAACAUCGCCAUGCGGCCCAUGGAAAGCAUGUCCUUCCUCUCGCAGGUCCUGCCCUCCUCACCUCCGUGGUGAACAGCACCUGAGUGACUCGUAACCUGAUUCUCCGAACCAGCUGACUCCACCCCCUUCCCCAGCCAGUGAGUGUUUACUCUUGUGGCGCGGGCGGACAGCCGCCUCACAAGCAACGACGACGGAGUUUUCUACAGAGCUUUUGUGAAGGAUUUCUUACCUAGAGUUGAUGACCUAAGGAACGAGUACUUAGUGACACUGAGCACGCAGACCUCACUGAGGUUUUUCAAGGACAAAUGCAAUAAGUGCCGUGUUUUUGUUUUGGUUUUUUUUGUUAUAUAUUAUUUUUCCUUCCCAGAACACUGGGAUUUCUUUUUACAUUGUUUAGCUGUAGCCUGCUAAUCAGUAUUUAAUUUUACAAAUCCGAAAGGGAAAGAGGGUUUUACUGAGAGGGAGGUUUUGAAAUGUUUUACAGAAUAGGAUGUGUGGUUUUGUGGUUUUUUUUUUGUUUGUUUGUUUGUUUUUUUUGUUUUAUAAUUUGAGGUACAGGAACUGGAUUGGAUUGUACACUUGCUUAUGCUGGUGUUUAGCGUUUUAACCAACUACAAUUGUGAACUUUUUUUUUUUUUUCCUUUUUCAGCUGCAGUGUUUCCCGACACUGAUUCAUAGCUGUUAUUAUUUUCAUCGUGCUCUGUUUAUUAAGGACGGCUGGGGUGUGUUUUGUUUACUUGAUUGUCAACCAUUAGGAUUCACAUGGUUGUUGUGGGUUUUUUUUUUUUUUUAAAUCAGGAACAGAUAGAGGAAAGAUUCUUGCACUGAAAGCAUAUCCCUUGUGUCCAACAACAGUAUUAUUGAAGAUCAGACCUGUUCCGGGGAACCUGCCUGGAAAGAACCCGGGUCGUCUAGUGACUGGCAAAAGCUGCACCUCAAAAAAAAGUUUAAGUUCAAUUAGAUUUGGACUGGAUUCAUGUCAAAAGACUAGCAGGUGGUGUUUUAUACCCUUGUUUUUAAUCUUACCAUCAUGAAACCCCACCACCACCACACACACAAGGGCCUGUUAGGAGGAAUUUUCUGCUCAGGAAUCCCAGUAAACUACUUUUUAUAUUUUAUUUGAGUAAUUAUUAAUAAUAUCCAGCAUCCUGGAAUCUUGUUUUUAUUUUGUAAAUAUUUAUUUCUCCAUGCACCCUUUUCCCUCACCGUCCAUUUUUAUUAAUGGAACGCUUCCAUCUUGAUCCUUAAUGAGAAAUCGGACUCGCUUGCUUUGCCUUGUCAGCUUUCUGUCAAUGUUGUGUGGUUGUUUUUUUUUCUUUUCUUUUUUAAAUACACGUCUCUUGGGUGGCCACUUGCAGCAAAAACAGUCAUGAAAGCAAUUUCCUUUAUACUAUGUGCAAGGUAAUGCUAGAUCACUAACUAACGACAAUGCUACUCAAACAAGCCUAGGUACUCUGGUUUUGUCUUUUAAAUGUGACCAAGAUCUGCCGAGUUUCCGAGGAAAACGCCAGCACUUACUCACUACUGACUGCUUAAAAAAAAAAGUCGUUUUUAUUAUUAAUAAUAAUAAUAAUAAUAAUAAUAAUAAUCUGUCGACUGAAUCUUGUUCUGAAUGGUGUCCUUGGUUUGGUUUGGCUUGGGUUGGUGUAUACAGGGAUGUCUCAAUAACCAAUCAGAUUGCAAGCUUUAAAUGAUGUGGGCGGAGCAUCUAACACGAAGACUUAAUUUUAGCAAAGUAAUACCAACAAAUUUCCAUCGUUGUUCAUGUACAGAUAAAAAGAUUGGUUCCAUUACUCCACUCCAGGAAUGUCGUAAACGUUAUCUUUUUCGGAAUAUUAAAUAUUUUCUUGAGCAUGUUUCCAUUUCCUAAGCAGCAUCAUCCGUGAAAUUGCGUCCUACUGCAAUACCGGCUGCUCCUGAACUUCACAAGGCUUCAGCACACUUCGUACGGCGACGGCAUUCAGCGAAUGUCCACAAACGAUACGUAAUCACAGAGCACACGAACGUCAUGCUUGCCGUGUCGAGAACAUGGUACCUGGGCAACACUUUUCGCAAUCAAGCCACUUCGAUCCAAGAUGGAUGACUGUGAGUAACGGUAAUCUUGUUCAUAUGGUUAAUGUCACAGCGCCACCUGCAGUUCUGGAGCACUUGUAUUUGAUGACUAGAGAGGAUGAAGGUGAUUUUCAUCUCCGCAUUUCGUACGCUGAGGCCUUUAGGGUGACUGGAUCCCUCGGAUCUCCAAGCCGUCUGGAUUGAAAUGGCCUUCUCAAGAUGGCGAUGGAGUUUCCGUUAAGGGGGAAGGGUAAAGGGACGUCAACAAGGAUGACUGAAAUUUUUUUUUUUUUAAAUGGAUGUGCAUUUGUUAAUUUUGUUUAAUUUUCUCAAAAUCGGAGGAUUUUACUCCGCCAGAUUCUGACCUGUAUUUGGAUUCAAGAGUAUCACUACACAAACACGCAUUAUAAGAGACGAGUCCUCAAGGAAGCAUCCGCUGUUGGUCACUACGAGGGUUCAAAGCCCUGCCAAUGUGAGUUUCGGUACACUGUGUGAACCGCUAUCGGUGCACAGUUUUCUUUGUGAUGGUAUUUUUUUUACUUUUAAAGAUUCUGCGUUUUGACUCACUCCAUGUAACUAAAGUGUGAACUUCAAGUGAGUGAGUGCAGAGAAAACACUAAUUUAGGGUUUUUCUUUUGUCUGUAUGCAAUGAUGAGAGGUUUUUUUGGGGGGGGGUCAAUAGUUUCAGGCAUGUGCCGAUAAUCGGUUUUAUGAUAUACUGCAAUAAAUACUUGCACAAUAUUCUUAUUGUUGUUGUGGACACGUCAUAAAAUGAUGGUGACAGGAUCCAGGCUUUUUUACCCCAAUCAGCCAUAAUAUUUAAAAUCGCUGACCGGUGAAGUGAACAGUAUUUGAUUAGUGAAGAGUCGGUUCUUGAAGUUGAUGUGCUGGAAGCAAAAAAUGGGCAAACUGAGCUUAGGAUCUAAGCGACUUUCACAAGGGCCAAAUUGUGAUCUUGUGGCGUGUGUUCCUGGUAUGCAGCGGUUAGUACUAGGACCGUGACAAUAUCCACAUCACUGGAGGUGCACGACAGUGUUGAGGCCAUCACGAUUACCAUAGUAACGGCUUUUGCUUUUUUUUUUUAAACCUGAGAGUGCUGUGAUUCUCAUGUAGCCACUUUUAGCUUGGUCUGUGGCCUUGUCUAGACUUAUCUGGAUAUUUUCAAAAACUUGCUUGUCUUUCACUUUGGAAAACAAUCACGUUCACAGUAACCCGCGAGUGGUAGAGAGAGUACCGGCCAUCCUAAAGGGAAAACCGAUCAGUAGCCGGAAGUUUCUUUUUGGACAGACUUCAGGGACGAGGCAACGACUUUUCCUUCACUGUCCAUCACCAGUCUACACAUUCUUUAUAGCCUGCUGCUGAACUGAAUAACAGGUCAGACCCCCUGUAUCGCAACUGUAGUGUACUCAAUAACCAAACCUGUCCAAUCUUCUGUUUCUUGUUUGAAUUGAAAUGAGGGCUAGAACGAUGUGUUGAUUUACAUAAAUACGUCUGUGGAACGCUUUGACGCAUCGCACUGUAUACUUUCAUCUCCGAUUAUGGAGGCUCCUGCUCCUGAGCAUGCUGAAAAUCGGACGUUAUCCCAAAAAGCCUGAACCUGUUUAUCCAUAGUGUGUGACUUCUUUACACAAAGACCUUAUAAAAUAGUGCUGUGUUUACUGUAGAAUUGAAACCGUGUAGCACUUGUGAUGCUCUGCUCGACCUUUUCACUUUGAGGAUCAUGAGAGUUCAAGGGUGUGGAGUUUGGCCUCCAGGUCUGAUCCAUGGAGCCCAACCUCACAACUUGGAGAAUUUGAAGGAUCUCGUGCGAAUAUCUUGGUGCCACACCUUCAGAGGUCUUGUGGUCCAAUGCUCUGAGUCAGAGCUGUUUUGUUGGCACAAGGUGGAUCUACACAACAUUUACACCGGUGGUUUUGAGAUCGUGGCUGAUUGGUGUAAAUAUAAAGGCAGCAUCUUGUGUGUCAAGUUUACAGAAGAAGCUCUCUGCCUUAAUUAAUUGCUGUAAUAAAAGUUUAGAUGAAUUUAAUAUCAGCGCAUGCCGAAGAUAUCAAAUGCGUUCUGUGUGUGUGAGGAAUUACAUUCCCAUAUCAAAAAAAAAAAGAGAUAAAAAUUACACAUGCAUGUGAGGGUUUUUUUUUUGUUGUUUUUUAUUUUUAUUACCACAUGGAUUUCAGUUGUUUCCUCAUUUUAUUUGUCAUAUUCACAGCAGAAUUGAUGUGUAUGAAUGGAGUCGUUCUCGGCUCUUCAGCGAGCUGACUGAUCUGGGAAACCCCUGUGAAGGCAGUUGAAUGUAUAUCUUUGUACAAACCGCGGUUUAGCUCUGAGGACGUGGUAGUUACCGUAUGAAUAGACAUGCGAGCGACGGAGACGCAAGAUAACCUUUUUAUAAGAACCUUUUUUUUAUUAGAACAUUAACAACAGUAAUUCUUUUUGUAUGUAUAUAUAUAUGAAGACUAGGCUUUCUGAUUAGCAGAAAGGGAAAACAUUCCUACAUUUUUUUUUUAAAUGUACGUUUGUCAGAAAGAGUUAUGUAAACAUGCGCAAUGUUUUAUGUGCCUUUUAUUUGGGUUGUCUAAAUAAAAGAAAACUAUGAAACGUG